UUCGGCGCAGACAUGGACUUGGCCAUGGAGUACGAUGUCUAUCAUAGGAUCGUCAUAUAUUAAUGAACCCCUUCAUCCCGUACGUGCAUAUGUGUCUCCAAUUCCUCUGAACUUUCCCUGUGCUCUGAGAAAUCCAACAAGCCCAGCUCUUCCACCACCUAGCCAUGAUCGCCUAUCAUCCUUCUCCAAGAAAGGGCCAUCGCCGGAGAUCAAGUCAACCAUCCCCAGGCUUGUGACUCCUUUCUAACUGCCAAAAAUAGAUGGUUUUUUCGAUCCCUGAAGCAUUCAGGAGGAGCGACGAAACACUGUUCUCCUGCGAGCUUUACAUUACCGACAGGAUCGAAGGCUUUGAAGGGAGGAGUCCCGCGGUAUUUGCAGGAAACCCUCGAAUUUGUUUCCCUGUUUUGGGGGGAAGGGGAAGGUAGAGAGGGUUUCUACGGUCCAAAUUCUUAGGGGGCGAAGAAUAGCACCUCAGCAAUGUCUCUGGGUUAUGCCCAGAAGUUAUCUUACAGAGAAGACGUUGGCGUCGUUGGGCUGUCUGAGGUUUUCGACCCUCCCGUCGUUCUUCAAAGGAAAAUUGAAGAGCUGGCCAUGAUAAUAAAGAAGAGCAAGCAUUUGGUGGCAUUUACGGGUGCUGGGAUAUCAACAGCUUGCGGCAUACCAGAUUUUCGUGGACCAAAGGGUGUAUGGACCCUUCAGAGGGAAGGCAAGGGCGUGCCUGAAGCAUCUCUUCCUUUUCAUCGCGCAAUGCCAAGCUUAACGCAUAUGGCAUUAGUUGAAUUGGAAAGAAACGGCAUCUUAAAGUUUGUUAUUAGCCAGAAUAUAGACAGCCUUCACCUUCGAUCUGGAAUACCAAGAGAGAAACUUGCAGAGUUACACGGGAAUUCAUUCAGUGAACUUUGUCCGUCAUGUGGAACAGAAUAUCUGCGUGAUUUUGAGGUAGAGACCAUUGGAAUGAAAUUGACACGAAGACAAUGUUCAGAUGUAAAAUGUGGAGCAAAACUUAGAGACACCGUACUUGAUUGGGGGGAUGCUUUGCCAGUGAAAGAGAUGAAUCCUGCAGAGCAGCACUGCAAGAUGGCUGAUGUUGUGCUAUGUCUGGGAACUAGUUUACAAAUAACUCCGGCAUGCAACUUGCCACUAAAAUCCCUCAAUGGAGGAGGAAGAAUCAUCAUCGUGAACCUUCAGCCAACUCCUAAGGAUAAAAAGGCUAGCCUUGUCAUCCAUGGCCAAGUAGAUAAGGUUAUUGCAGGUGUCAUGCACUUUCUGAAUCUUCAGAUUCCUCCAUAUGUUCGUAUUGAUUUUGUCCAUAUUAACCUUAAGCAUUCUCCAAGAAAGAAAACAUACGUGAAAUGGGUUCUCAAGGUAUUAAGUCUCCAUGGAUCAAGGGCUCCCCUACCAUUUGUUAAAUCAGUUGAGGUUUCUUUUCCUGAAAGGCCUGACAUGAAAACUGCAUUCCUAACUAAGCAGCCUUUUGUUUUGAAAAGAGAAACUGUGAGGAAAAGACCUUUUAUGAUGUCUCUGAAGUUCAAUUUUAUUGAUGGUUGUCGCUGUUCAUUCACUACAGUGUUCUGGAGGGUCAAUUUUCAGGUUAAACUGAACAGCUUCAUCCAAGAUAAGAAUCAGGUUCUGAAGAAACUAAGGGAUGAUGCAGAUCAAGAAUCUGAGUGUGGACAGCAGGAAAUCUUGGAGAUGCAGAUCCUUCCCAGGUCUGAAUCCACCAUUCAUGCCUUCACCACAAAUAUCGUGCGGUAUAACAUUUUUGAUGCUACCAAAGUAGAAGAAGCAAUCUCUAUCAGCGACUGCUCGAAAAUUGAUAGUUUUGAAGGGGAUGAGAAUGGAGAUGAGAAGCCCUCAAAGCGAGCCAAGUGGUUCUGAUCUAUUAUGGAUUUUACAAAUUUUUUUUUAUAAAUUUUUUGGGUCUUUGGGUGCUUUUAUUUUGUAUAUGGUAUGCAUGUAGAUUCUUGCUACUUUUUUUUUUACUUUUAUUUUUCUUAAGAUAUGGAAGCCAUCUGUGGAAGAUAUUUAGCAUAUUAGACAUUGGAUGGGUGAAUUUUGUGAGUUUACACCCAAAUCCAUUGCCUUUCUGGUGAGAAUAUAGAGUUUAUGGCACUCUUUACAAGUUGCAAUUUGAUAUAUAUGUAUCAUCCAUA